ACAAGCUAUAUACUUAUCUGAUCAACACUAUGGCUAAGCCUAUAGCUCUCGCCUUUUCUCUUUGCUUGCUUGUCCUCUUCCACAGCUGCUUAGCAGCGCGCCAACAAUCUCAGUCGAGCCAGCAGAAUGAGUGCCAACUUGAUCAGAUCCAAGCCCGCGAACCUGAUAACCGCAUUGAGACUGAAGCGGGUAGGAUCGAGUCCUGGAACUACAACCAGGACGACUUCCGGUGUGCUGGUGUUGCUGUUCAACGAAUCACUGUUGAAAGAAAUGGCCUUCACUUGCCUUCUUACACCCACGCACCACAGCUCAUAUAUAUUGUCCAAGGAAAUGGUUUUCUAUCUACUGUAUUCCCUGGCUGUCCUGAGUCUUUUGAAGAAUCAGAACAAUCUGAUGAAGAACAACAGGGUCAACAACAAUGGCAAGGGCGUCAUGGACAGCAAGGCCGUGAACAACAAGAGCAGCAAGACCGUGGACAGCAUGGCCGUCAUAGACAACAAGGCCAGCAAGGCCAACAGGGACAAGAAAGCUUCGAACAGCUAGACAGACACCAGAAGGUUCGACGCAUCAGAGAAGGUGACGUUGUUGCUAUUCCUGCCGGAGUCACCUACUGGUCCUACAAUGACGGUGAUCAACCUCUUGUUGCUGUCAGUCUUCUUGACAUCGGCAACAACCAAAACCAGCUUGAUCGUAACCCUAGGAGAUUCUAUCUAGCGGGUAAUCCACAAGAUGAGUUUAACCAACACGGGCAAAGCCAAAGGCAACGAGGACGGCAAGGACGUGGACAACAAGCGGAAGGCCAAAGUCAAUGGGACCAGGACCAGCAACAGCAAGGAGAAAAGAGCAGGCACCAGCAACAGCAAGGAGGAAGGAGCAGGCACCAGCAACAACAACGACAAGGAAACAACAACAUCUUUGCAGGCUUCAACACACAGCUCCUCGCUGAUGCUUUGAACAUUGACCAACAGACUGCCCAGCAGCUUCAGGGACAGAAAGACAACAGACCCCAAAUCGUGAGAGUUAGAGGACGUCUCGAUUUCAUCCAGCCACCAGAGUCACAACAGGAGGAAAGACGAGAACAGGGAAUUCAGAGACAACAGGGGCAACAAGGACAGAAUGGUUUUGAGGAGACAUUCUGCAACUUCAGGAUCAAAGAGAAUAUUGGCAGGCCGUCACGCGCCGAUGUCUUCAGUCCCCAAGCCGGUCGCGUCAGCACGCUCAACAGUUUUAAGUUGCCUAUUCUCAGGCACCUUGACCUCAGCGCUGAGAGAGGCUUCCUCUACAACAAUGCUAUCUACAGCCCCCACUGGAACUUGAACGCUCAUGAAGUGUACUAUGUCAUUAGAGGUAGCGCUAGGGUUCAGAUUGUGAACAACAACGGCCAGGCCAUCUUGGACAACGAGGUCCGCCAGGGCCAGCUCUUCAUUGUGCCACAGAACCACGCAGUGUUACAGAAGGCUAGCAACAAUGGCUACGAGUACAUUGCCUUCAAGACCCAGGACAAUGCCAAGAUUAACACUCUGGCUGGCCGGACCUCAGUCUUGCGUGCACUCCCGGACGGUGUCCUUGCUAAUGCGUACCAGAUUGACCGACAACAGGCAAGGAAUCUCAAAUACAACAGACAGGAAACUGUUGCUUUGAGCUCUUCAAGGUCUUCCGAGUCCCAGAGGGCUAUUGCUUAAAUGAAUGCAUGAUGAGAUGUAAAAACGUAAUGCGGCACGGAGUUUUGCAUGGUACAAAGAAUAAAAACGGCCUUGUAUGGCUGUGUUGUAAGAGGAGAAAUCUACCGUUGUAAAUAGAAAAUAACAUGGUUUUGAUCCAUCUUGUAAUCUUUUGUUCUCAGUGAGCUCUCUUUUUAACAUGGUUUU